UGUGUUGACCUCCGGAACACUCCACCAGCAUUCUUUACCUCUAUCCCAAGGAGGACACCGGAGGAGGCAUCACCAAACUCUGCGCGGAUUACAUAACCACACAGAGAGAGCAGCUGCAAGAUUAAAUGACAGAGAUUAGAGAUUACGUUGAUUCAGCAGAUUGUCUUGUGGAUGUUUGAAAAAGAUUACACCAUGGGAGUAAAGAAUACCCAUUUCCACAGGCUGAGCGCCAAGCUAAGUAGAACAAAUUAACUGAAUACAACAUUUCAUUAAAAAAUAAAAAUUAAGAAUGGUGAUAGUUUGAUAAAAUUAAUUGUUAACAUUUCCUUGAUAUAUGCCUACUGUAUCUGAGGGAAUUAAAGUGUUUUUGCGAAAACAUUCUACAAAUCCUAGCAUUCCCCAGCCAGCAAGCUUGCCGUGCUGUCUGGGAAAUGCUGGAAGUUAUAGGAUUUUUCUUCUUCUUCUUCUUCAGUCAAAACAUGCAUAGGGCUGCACACUUCGUUUGGUUGUAUGUUGUUCCAUAGUUAACGUUUGCCAGAUAUAAUGCAUUCUAAUGAUAACGAAUGGAAGGAGCAGAGAGUUGGCUGAUGAAGGGAGAAGCAGGUACUGGGGUACGGGAUGGAUGGUUUUGAGGGGAAUCUCCCAAAGAGGGGGAGGCAUAAUAUUUAGGGUUGGAUCUAGGCAUAAGCAGGUGAUUUGGCCACACACACACACACCACAGGGCUAACUGUUAUCUUGACCCUGUUGGGGGGGGGGGAGAAGGAGCUGUGGGUCUGCCUCUCCAUUGGGCGAUGAGAGGGGGGAGCAGGGCCUUCCCACCAGCUUGAACAGUCUCCUUAAUUUCUUUUUCUUUUCUUCCUCUUCCCUCCCCAUCCCCUUUUCCUUGUGUUUCAUGUCUUUUUUAGAAUGCAAGCCUGAGGGCAGGGACAGUCUGCUUUACUGAUCAAUUGUAAGCCACUCCGAGCCUUUUGGGCUGAGGUGCAGGAUAAAAAUACUCUUAAAUAAUAAAUAUAAUCAUGCUUAGGGUAGACCUAUUGAAAUUAAUGGGGCAUAAGUGAAUCAUGACUUGAUUUCAAUGGGUUUACUCUAAGCAUCACUAUCUCUGAAUGCAACACUUAUUCUUUUAGAGGAUUUAUAUUCUGCUCUCCAAUCACAUGAUGCUCAAGGCACCUUACAUUAGAUCAUGCAUUAGAUUCGCGGUGUGCUUCCCUUCAGCUUUACAGUCACAAGACAACUGUAUGCUCUUUCUGGGAGGGAGGAGGCCAGGGAGGCCAGGCUGAUCUCCCUCUUGCCAUGAUGAGGUUCUUGGGAAGCAAAGGGCACAAAUUCCCAUUGUCCGUUGGUCCCCUGGCCAAUGGUCAGAGCGUGCUUCCCUUCCGCUGUCGUGUUGAGGAGGGAGAAGCCACAAGAAACACUGGAACAGUGCUGUGACUCUUAGAUGUGUAAAAAUGUUAAUCUAUGGCCCAUCGACUUAGGAACAUUCACUGCCCUUGAUACAUUUAAUGUAUAUGGGAAUGCUUCUGAAAACUCUUUAGGGAGUUCCCCGAGUACUGUACAUGUGAGUUUAUACAUCUGUCGACUAAUUUUCAGAUUCCAGUAUGAAAUCAGGCAUUCAGAAAUAAUGAGACAGCUGUUCUCAGUUGCACUCAUGCAGCCCGACUGAAUCCAGCUGGUUUUCAUGAGGGAGUUUGUUUAGUCUGUUAUAAGCACAAGAGUGUCCAGGAUGCUCAUCAACUGCUGGAAACCUACAGUGAUGGCCAAAAUGUACAAGACAAUAUGAACUGUUUUGGUUUGUGUUAAGGAGAAAAGGAACCUAUUCUCUAUAUUAGCUUUAGUUCUUCUCCUCUCCAAAAUAUGGCCAUGCUCUCUCUAUCCAAUACUAUUUUUCUUAUUUCUAGUGCACAAUUAGCAUUUCAAUCAUUAUCCUGUUCAGUUUCAUGGUUCCUGGCAGACAACACUGCAUUAAUCUAUUUCCUUCUUAUUUGUUUCCCUAACAGUGAUAAAAUCUACACAUUCAAUUAGAGUUGCAAUCCUGUGCUCACUUACUUGAAAUUAGAUCAUCUCGGCUGACACGCCUCUCUUACACUAGUCCAGAGGCAAGACUGGCGCAGAACUGUACAACUGACUGAAUUUGGAGACCUCCGCUUAGAGCAAAAAGCAGGUCCACAACUAGCAUCUUUUUGUGCUCUGUGGCGACACUGACUUUGACACUUACGAAUUGUUUUCCAAGGGUGUAGGCGUAUGUGUGACCGGCAACACACCAGUUCCAUCUACACUUUCCGAAUGACUGUACUUUGGCCAUGAGUAGCUGGCCGUCAUCCAGCGACUGGCAAGGGAAGGGAGUCCUAUCAGAGUAAGGAGGCUGAGCAAAGUUGACAUCAUCCUCGACAUGAGUCCUGGAUCUAGGGCCCAAAGAAGAACCUUUUUGACUAUCAGGACACUUAAAGAAUCAGUAAAGAAACAGAACCUUCUUGCAAGAAUCAUCAUUAACUGAUUAUAUUUAUACGGAGGGGAAUGCCUCUUCUAAGAGGAUGCCUCCAACAACACAUGUGUGCAGCUUCUAAAAAAAGCGAAGAGGGCAGUUUUUGAAGAAUAGCCUGUGACCAAGAAUUACAAAUUGCGGUCAGAAUAAUAUGCGAACAGAUCAUGAAGAGCUCUGUGGCAGCAGUUAUGGAUCGUUCUGUCUGAAUGGUGGCAUUUGUUAUACAAUACCUACUGUUUCCAGUCCCUUUUGCAGGUGUAUUGAGAAUUAUACAGGAGUUCGUUGUGAAGAAAUUUUGCUCUCAAGUAUCAAGAGCCACACAAGAGGCGAACUGUUUGCAGCAGUUUUGGCUUCAGUUGUCGUUCUGAGUGUCCUGGUAGCCGGAGCGUUCUUUUUCCUUUGCAGGAAGGGCCAGAUUCCACGGACCAGUUCAAUAGAGCGUGGUGACAACCUGAUUGAAGGACACAGCACCAAUGGCUGUACUAGUGAGUACUUUUCCAAUAAGAGUCAUGGGCCCUUUCCAGACCUAAAGGGUUAUCCCAGGAAAAUGGAGGGAUCGUCCCUGCCUGCUCCCGGGAUCCCGUGUGGCAUUUGGAUGCACAGGAAUGAUCCCGGUAUAUAGGGCUGGUGUAGGC